GCCAAGAGUGUAUGUACCUUGAUCAGUUGAGCUAUAAGCUCAGACUUUAUGCAGCCCCAAUCAGAAGGUCUGCAACCGGCUAUUCACGUUUCGAAAGCAGAGAGACGGAAACACAACCCCGGUUCUUUAAACUAUUUUGAGGGGAAAUUUCACUUUUGACAUUUUUGAUUCAAAAGAAUCCUAUUAUCUCAAUCUCUUUAUUCCCUAAGCUUGCGUUGUUCUAUAUUACCCUAUUUCCUGUUUCAUAUACGGACAAUGCUCAGACAAUUAAUACAAAAAAGAAGUUUAGCAACCGUAGCCUCACCGCUCAUUGUCAAAAAUCACCGCAUACAAGCUUCUGUCAUUCUUUGCAGAGCACCUCAGAUUCUUCGCGAUGCUACACCAUUUGAAAAAGCAUAUUUCGACUAUACUGAGAAGAUACAGCGCCAAGAAUCGCUGACUACACCAACAGAUUUUUAUUUUAAAAAAGGUUCGGUAGCAGAACGUCGCUGGAAGUCAGAAGAAGAAGCACGCCAGCAAGCUAUGACAAAAGAUACAUCACUUACAGAAGCGGUGGAGGAAGCACGUUCCGUUUGGGAAAAAGAAAAUGAAAGCUUAGCCAAUGCUACAACUAAGAUCACAGUGACUGAUCGCUCUACUAAGGCCGACGCUGAGAAUGACAUAAAAAGCCUUGAUCGCUCAUUACAACGUACAUUAUACCUGGUAGUGAGGAAUAACAAAAAUGGUUUAUGGCAAUUCCCUGAAGGGCCUGUUGAUGGUUCAGAGCUUUUGCAUGAGGCAGCAGAACGUACCUUGAAAGAUUUUUGUGGUAAAAAUAUGGAUACUUGGUUUGUUGGACGACAGCCCAUCGCCUUCCACAAGAAAUCCUCAGAUAAGCAAGAGGACUAUGGUUCAAAAACAUUCUUCAUGAAGGCGCGUAUAUUUGCAGGACAGGUUAAACCUAGCGAUAGAGUCAGUGAUUUUGCUUGGUUGACAAAGGAAGAAUUAGCUACGAAACUUUCUCCUGAAUACUAUAAAUCUGUUGUGGACAGCUUGGGAGAUCUUUAAGAAUAUAUCAUCAACAUUAAUUUAUAUAGAACUUGUCACUUUAUUUUCUGUACAUAUAAAUACUUUAACCAUUAUAUAUAGUUUGUUUAGCUUGCAA